AUGCAAGGGGCGGCGUUCGCACUUGUAGCAGCAUGGGCAGCAGGAAUGGCAGGAGGGAGCGAGGGAUAUGGAAUGUCGUGCCAGUAUGAUAAUGACUGCGGCUACAGCAGCUGCAGAAUCUCUGGCUACAGCUCUGCAUGCUACAAAGGCGAUGACAACCUGGAACCACGCCUUCGUCCCCAGAGGUUCAACUGCGUGUGGACCAGUGGUUGUGCCUGUUACUACUUCAAAGCGGCUGUAGUUGUUGCAUCGUGUAAUUGCACCAAUCAGCCGUGUAACAGCGUCUCUCCAGAGAACCCCCUCUGCCCUGCCGGGGUGAUAGAGGUCUGUCCUACCCCUAAUUGCGAUGCCAAGGAUGAUUUGGCGCACUGGACCGGAUCAGGCUGCGAUUGGCAGUGCAACACAGGCUACUGGAGGGAUAGUGCGAAUAAGUGCCAGCCAUGCACGCAAUGUCAGAUAGGGCAAUACGCGUCGACAGUGUGCAGCCCAACAACCAAUGCAGUAUGUUCCAAUUGCCCCGAGAAAUCAGUAUCUGUGUACAACAAUGUGCCGAUAUCAGGUUGCAAAUGUGGUGCUGGAUACUCUGGAACCAUCGCAUUCAGUUGGAGUACAUGUCAAGCUUGCAGCAAGGGCAAAUACAAGGACAUCAUAGGCACAUCAAACUGUGUAGCAUGUCCUGCUGGCAAAUAUUCGGAGAUUGACGCGGCGCCUUCGUUAGGCAAUUGCCUGCAGUGCCCAAACAACUCCUAUUCUCCCGAGGGGAGUCCGCAGAGAACCAGCUGCACUUGCAAUGCUGGUUAUUGGGGUCCGCACGGCGGCAACUGUACAGCAUGCCGAGGCGGUAAAUUUUCCAAUAUCUCUGGGUCUUUGACUGUCGACACGUGCAAGAGCUGUCUGCCUGGCCAAUACUCCUAUGAUGGCUCUACCGUGUGUCUAAAAUGUCCAGCAAAUACUUACAGCGAGGUGCCUGUAUCAAACGUCAGCCUUUGCACUCCAUGCACGCGAUAUGCGGUUUCAAACCCAGGUAGUAUUUCGAGUGCAUCGUGCAAAUGCAACUACGGGUACUACAGCUCCGAUCCCUCCACCUGCUCUGCUUGCAAGGAAGGCACUUACACCGCAGAGCUUGGGCUCACUCAGUGCUCCUAUUGUCCCAGAAAUAAUUACUCUGCAGCUGCGUCCUCCACAUGUUAUGAUUGCCCUGUGAAUACCUAUUCAACAUACGGAAUUUGUUUGUGCGUGGCUGGUUACAUCAAAUCGGCGCAGGGAGUUUGUGUUCCAUGUGGAGCAGGAAAAUUUCGAGCAGUGGCUGAUCAAGUCUGCAAUGAAUGCCCUGCUGGAAAAUUUUCAUCCCUUGCCGUGGCUACGUCGUCUACCCAGUGCAUGGACUGUCCAACGAAUUCAAUGUCGAAAGCUGGAAGUACCUCUAAAUCUGCCUGUGUCUGUUAUGCAGGAUACUUUGGACCUGACUGUAUACAGUGCCCUGCAGGAACCUACAGAUCUGACAUAACUGCAAGCGCAUGCACGCCCUGUGCGGCUGGAAAUUUUUCUACGGUAGUGGGCGCCACCAGCCCCACGGUGUGUGUCCAAUGUGCUGAUGGUACUGUCGCUCCGCUCCCAGGAGCUUCUACUUGCAUGCAAUGCUCUACAUGUCGGUUUCCAACCUUCAAGACUAAAUCCUGCAAUCGCACAGUUGACACGGUAUGCACACCAUGUUCAAACUGCACAAAGACGCAAUACAUUUCGUCAGAAUGCUCUCCGCUUUCAGACAGGAUCUGUGCAGAUUGCCAACAAUGUCCAACCGGGAAAUACAUCUACUCAGAAUGCAAGGCUGUUAAUGAUUGCCGUGACUGUACAGUAUGCGGGCAGGGAGAAUAUAACCUUGUGAACUGCUCGUUCCAGAAUAACGCAGUAUGCACCCUAUGCGCGAAGGGAAAGUACAAGGUCUUCGUGGGAUCACAGCCUUGCAUUGAUUGUGAGCCGGGAAAAUACAACACCAAUGCUGGACUAUCCUUCUGUAUGUCUUGCGCUGCAGGAACUUACGCAUUAGCCAAUAACGCGGAUCCACCUUGUGCAGUGUGCGCUGCAGGGAAAUACUCUGCUGCAUCAGGAAGCUCGACCUGCACGAGUUGUCCUUCGGAUCAGUACAGUGAUAUGAGUGGCAGUACCGCCUGCAAGACUUGCCAGAUCUGUAAAAUUUCAGAGUACCAAUGGAGUCCUUGCAGUAGAACUUCGGAUGCAAGAUGCUCUUCUUGCCCACUGGGCAAGUACAGGUUCGAUCCGAAUUCACAAACCUGCACAGGUUGCUAUGCUGGAAAGUACUUUUUCAAGGACAGCCCUGCUGCUAUUGCAUGCUUCGAUUGCGAGGAAGGGAAAUACUCGCUGGGAGAUUCAACUCCAUGCAUCCAAUGUGAAAUCGGCAAGUUCAACCCCACCAAAGGAGCCUCAACUUGCUCCAUCUGCCCUCCCUCAACCAUCUCCCCGGUGGGCGCGACUACCUCUUUUGCGUGUCAGAUUUAUGUCAGCCUGUCAAUGCAGUUGACAGUCGCCAACAGCUUCGAUGCUUCGCAGCAGACUACCUUUUCCAGUGUCAUCGCCCAGUACCUUCAGGUUGAUUUGAACUCAGUUUUGAUAACCCAGUCUUCGUCGGCGAGGCGAGCCAGCAUCCUGGUCAAGGUCAGCGUGGCAAUUCUGUGCAACUCGGAGCAGGAGGCUGUGGGUGUAGAGAAGCUACUCGCGUCAGGUGUCCUCCAGCAGCGCCUUGCUACUGCUGGCUUCUCAGACAUCUCGAAAUUUGAGUACAAGCGUGGAGCUAGUCUUGCAAGUAGCUCGCUCAGCGCAGGCUUCAUAGUUCUCUACGUGCUAAUCGCCUUUGCUGGGGUCCUGCUGAUCGGUGCAGGCGUCUACACCUACGCGCGCAGAAAGUUGCUGUACGUGGAGACGAUGGGAGACGAGCUGGUGCCUUCCAAGGAGCCGCCGAUCGACGUCGAAGAGCCGGACCACUCGCUACAGCUUGUCUUCAGCCACAGCAGCAGGACAGAACUGCCCCCGGAGAAAUGCGUGUGGAUGGGAGCAACGUUGCAAGAAAGCAUGCAGAAGGACAUGGAGGCUUUCUUUGUCAACCUGAGCUCGCGGGCUUACGACGACAUCAUUGCCAGGGAGGGAAGGAUGCUGGAGAUCGCGGACAACCUCCGCACAAGCGACCCGAUGAUCGCCACCAGCAUCUUUGAGGGGCUCGAGGCUGUGCAUAACAGCAGGGGAGAGCGCAUGCGAGCGGAAGAAAUGCGGAACAAGAAGGAGAGACUGCUGCAGGUCACUUGA